UGUAGAUUUGUCCAUGCAUGCUGCAGAAAGCAGAGGUUUGCCGAGCCCCCCUGCGUGGAUGUGAACGAAUGUGUCAGUGUGUGGUGGUGCUGAACUGAACUGGGUCAUGCGGACCACUGGAGAAGCGAAAGAUAAACACGCAUCCUCCUCCCGCUGCUUGGCAGGUAGAGAUGGUGGGCGCUCAGAGGAGGGAUCCCAGCCUGUGUCCUCAUCUCAGCAUCCGAUGACGCUUUGAUUUAAUCCGCCUCCAAAAGAAAGUCACAAACUGAAGAGCAUCUCCAGAAACAGGACAGGAAUCAUCUUGGGCGGGCAGAAGGCAAAGCACAACGACGGACCUCAUCCACCCUUUGUCAGCUGUGAAACUGCGAGGUUUUUUUAAGGGAUCUGCACGGUGUUCUUAGCACCUGAUCGAUUACUUCCUUUAAACGAGAAGAUCCAUCCGUCAGUGUCCCGCAGACCCAAGCGGACCAGAGCGCAGAAGCUCUGCUCGCCGAGCGGAUGCAGGACCAUGGAGGAGAGAGACAGGUCGCCAGCAGUCUGCCUCACAGCGUCAAGGCGAGCCUGUCUCUUUCUCCGUCUGGGCCGGGACGGGUGGGCAGCGGUGGGGGCUCCCCGACAUCAAAGAUGGGCUACUGUGGAGGGGUGCCUGUGGAGGACAUGCAGGCACUGGCCAUCACCUCUCUGUCGGCAGCAGACGUAGCCAAGCAAUAUGAGCACAUUCGUGAGCUGGGGAAGGGCACGUACGGCAAGGUGGACCUGGUGGCACACCGGACACAGGGCAACAAAAUGGCGCUGAAGUUUGUUACCAAGAACAAGACGAAGCUCAAGAGUUUCCUGCGGGAGUACAGUCUAACAGGCUCACUUAGCUGCAGCCCUUUCAUUAUCAAAGUCCUGGACGUGCUUUUUGAGACAGAGGACAGCUAUGUGUUUGGACAGGAAUAUGCCCCUGCUGGGGACCUUUUCGACAUCAUCCCCCCACAGGUGGGUCUGCCAGAGGAAAUGGUCAAACGAUGCAUGCAACAACUGGGCUUGGCCCUGGACUUUAUGCACAGUAAAAACCUCGUGCAUCGGGAUGUCAAACCUGAGAAUGUGCUCCUAUUUGACCGCGAGUGCCGCCGCAUUAAGCUGGCCGACUUUGGUAUGACCCGACGUGUGGGCUGCCGUGUGAAACGGGUGAGUGGCACCAUCCCCUAUACAGCGCCAGAGGUGUGCCGUGCUAGCCGUGCUGAGGGCUUUCUUGUAACCACCAGUCUGGAUGUGUGGGCGUUUGGCGUGCUUGUGUUCUGCAUGCUGACAGGCAACUUCCCCUGGGAGGCAGCGCUGCCGGCCGACGCCUUCUACGAGGAGUUUCGGCGCUGGCAGAAAGCAGGGUGCCCUGUGGGAACGUACCCGUCUCAGUGGCGCCGCUUCACUGAUGAUGCCUUGCGCAUGUUUCAGAGGCUGCUGGCCGGUGAGCCGGAAAAACGCUGCGGAGUCAAGGACGUCUUCUGCUUUGUCAAAUACGAGCUGGUCAGCGAGCUCAGGCGCAGAGCGUCUUGCAGAGCCAAGAGAGGUGAGAGGUCAAGCUCGGGAGUGUGCACUGGCAGUUGCACUUCCUCCUCAUCCUCCGCUUCAUCACGUUCCUCCCACAGACACCCUGAGCCCUCCACACCUCCUGGAACAUCCUGCCUGCGCCCGGCACCGCUCAAACGUAGUGUCCUCUCCGACCCGCUAUCUCCCAGAGAGGAGCCCGGACAGCACCAGUCUCCUGGCCGAGACAAGAACAAGAGCCAGAUGGUGAUGGCAACUGCCAUUGAAAUCUGUGUGUGACCACGCUAAUGUUAGCAGUGGAGACUAGAUGGCUUUUCACAGUAAUAACAAGCUGUGGGGAGGUGUUAAUGACUACCACAGAGACUCCAGUGAAAAAGGAGAGGUACUUUAACCAUGAAAGAGAAGCUCAGGUUCACAUCCCCGGCUGUGGAAAUGGACAUCAUCAAUCAUCGGUACACACUUGGACAGCUUUUCACUGGCACAUGCCGUUUAGGUUUUGAUUUGUGACCAAAGACUGCUUCCCAAGCUGAGAAGCCAUGCAGGCAGUGUUUGAGAGUCCGCUGAUGUUGCUAAUCUCAGCAGCUCAUUCUGCCAUCCAGACAUUUGUGUUUUCUGCCCAUACACUGUGGUGGUGCUAAUUAUUAUAUAACUAGAUACUACAUAAAAACAGAUUCUGUCUUUUGUCACUCAUCACUUCAAGUCUCUUUACUUGUGUUUAUGUUAUGUCUCUUUAACAUUGUUUAUUUAUCUCAGAAUAUUAGCUCCAGGGAGGCUAAAACUUCAGUUGGAGGCCGGUGAUCUGGGGGCAAUCUACGCAAACUACAUUUGACUGCAGUUUCUUAGACUUCCUGACAACUUUCAAUGCAGAAAAUUAGUCAUAGACUUUUUCAAGUGAAAGUGUUAUAAAGAGAAAAGGUGGCGCGGGGGGGGGGGGGCCUUAAUGUAGCAGUUUGUAUGAGAUGUCUUUUCAUGUAAGUGUUUAGAUUUAGAGACAUAUUCUCAGUGAGGCAGGCAUCACCUCAGGACACUUCAGUGGGUCAUUUCCUGUUUUAUUCUUAAUGGAAAUCUAUUGACUGGCUGGAAGACACAUCUGCCACUUUUGAACUGCUCUCAAUGAGAUUCAUUUCCAAUGUAACACAAUAUAAUACAGGGAUUGUACAUAUUCUGAGUGAAAGGGGUGGUGAACAAAGAAGAGGAGAAGAAAUGUCUUUUUAUUGUUUCUUUUCUACCCAAUGUGUGUGUUUGGAUGUGUAUAUGUGUGUGUUUCAAAUGUUAAAGCACAAGAUUUUUGUAAAGGAGGAGAACUCUUAGUGAAAACUACAACUCUAUAUUGUACAUAAUUUGAUAUUGGAGUGCACUGUAGUAUGAGGUAGUUCAACUAUGUAGCGGUACUAAUUUUCUAUGACAGGGAAAUGGGUUUUAGGGUUUUACAGUUAAUAUGGGGGCAGCACUGUAUGUAGCAACAAAAUAUGACAGAAUGUACAGUAUAUCACAACAAAUUAAAUAUAUAGAAAUAUGAUCUAGAGCCUAUCACAAGUAUAACAUGGUAGCAGCUGCUCUUCUCUUUUUUUUUUGUAUUGGUUUGGGUUUUAUCUGAACUGGACCAAGUUCUCUUGACACAGGUAUGAUACACAAAUUGUUGAAUAGACAUCACUUGUUUGUGCAUUUUCCUGUCACCAUAACUGUAUCAUGAGCGACAUCCGUUUCCUGUGUCAAAUCACCGUGCUUCCUGAUUGUCAAUGAGUACAGCCCAUUCUGUCUUCAUUCAAUCAGUUAAAGCCACUGAGGGCUGCUUUAAGAGGACACUUUACAAAUUAAUUUCCCAGCAUCACAAAAGGUGUUCCAAUUAUAAUAAUAAUAUUUGAUUAUCAAGAUGCAACGGUAGCAUACAAUCCCAACUGCUCAGAAUAUGUUGUUGCACCCCCUAAGCUCACCUUUAAUUUAAUCUUCCUGCCUCUGUAUCACUCUAAUAGCAGAGCCCGGGUGUUUAUUGUGUGGAGGGAUGACCUCUGUGUUAGCCAUUGCUGUUCUGGGAGCUGAUGAUUGAUCCUGAACUGCGCACAGCUACAGCAUCCAAAGACCCACUGCUAAUUAUGAAAGCAUCUAAAAAGCUCAGUAUGUUCAGUGUGAAUGCUUCGGUGCAUGCUCAUUACAUUAUUUUUCUAGCUUGAAUUGUGUUAUUCAUGUCAGGUAUGUGUGUGUCUAUGUGUGUGUGUGUGUGUGUGUGUGUGUGUGUGUGCUUGUCUUCACUUUCCUUAUUUCCCCACUCCUCCCAUGACAGCCCAUCAGCUCUGUCGCUAUAGUGACAGUGCCAGUGCUCUUCUGGUUCGAUUUCUGUCCUCUCCUUGAAAAUCAAGUCUAAUUGAGCCAAAAUGAAACAACUGGUCACCAACCCCCCUCCCAGUCACCCACAGCUCUCAUGGCAGUUGCUUAGCUCAUUAUGCUGGAUGACACAUUUCUGCAGAUACACAUAUUCCUGUAUUUUAUGAGCCACUUCACAGACCAAAGUCUUUAUCCAGUCUCAUCAAGGAUAAUCAAGGCUGUUGAUGGUCCCUAUCAAUUUCCCUGUCUCUAUCCAUCUGUACUUUCGAUUCUGAGGUGGUGACCUGAUUGAGGUUGAAGAGUUGUCAAAGGGGUGCAUUGUAUGCUGAGAUGCCGGCUGCCUCAUAUGAUCUUUCAAAAGGUAAUCUGUCUCUAGAUUGUAGUGGAAUGUUAAUAAGCGCUGCCCAACAUCUUGCUAUUUUGCCCAUGUGAUAAUGUGGGAUUUACAUAGACAGGGAUUAGAUGGACGGUGUGCAUGAUGUAAUAUCAAGUAGGCUAAUGCAACUCCAUGUAAUGCAAAUAACUUAAUGUAAUUUACCGCAACAUACCACAAAACGCAACAUUAUGUAACACCUCAUAACAUGACACAGUGCAAUGUGAUUCAACGUAAUGUGACGCAAUGUAACACGAAGCAUUGCACUAUGACGCAAUGAACCUGAACAAUGUACCGUGACCUAAUGUAAUAUGACGCAUCGUAACAUGGUGCAAAACAACAUGACUCAACCUACAGUAAAGGUGCAUUCCAGACAGCUAUGAACUUGAAAACUUCCAAUUCCUUCAAGAAAAACUCCAAUGAAAUGAGUUCCUACUUCUCAACUCGGAGAAAAUCCAUCUACACCGACUUUAUGAACAAGCAUUUGUUAGAUGUCACUCAACAAUGGCAGCACCCAUGGAAGUGCACAUUGUAAAUGGUAAACCAUCAACUAAAAGUCAACAUAAAUUAUAUGUGUCUGUAUUAAUAAAAAUAAUACAUACCGUCAUGUAGUAAAACCUGUUGAUGUCGAAAAAUGUUGCCAUGGUUAUUUGCCAUGUUGGUAACAGAAACAAUCUCUGAAAGUCAUCUUCUCUGCACAAAAGUUAUUCGGGGAAAACCCAAAAUGUGAAAAUAUUAGGAAAUAUACAACUGACUUUUGCAGAUUAACUACUGAUGUAGCUAGUUAUUUGUUUUUAUUAAAGUGGCUGUCUUUUUCAUUACCACCAAGGGCCCUGCGGAGAGUUCACUUGUAUGUAGUAGACCUGGCAAAGAAACAUCAGUUUGUCAUGGUCGGCCAUGUUUUUUGUUUACGUUUGGCGUCGUGCACCUGGAAUACUUUGAGGUCGGAAGUUGGGAAUUUCCACUGGGAAAUUCCGUCCUCCAACAUUGACUGGAAUGCAACAUAACAUGAGGCAACUUCAUAUGACACAACAUUACAAAACUUACGUGUACAUGUAGCCUCCAACUUGACAAGUGACACAGCACGCAGCUGUGGCUUUGUUAAACAUAAUAGCCAUUAGCAUCAUUAGACUGUCAGUUGUUUUCACGGACUGUUCUGGCAGGAUUUGUUAAGUUUAAUGACGUAGUGUCAUAUUACAUAAUUUUUUUUCAAAGCUCUAGGGAGUAGCCUUCCAUUAACCCAGUUUAUCCUGAUCCAAUAAUCAAACUGUUUUCUGCCAGAAAGUGUUGUUGUAUAAUCCAAUGUAAAUACUGUAUGUAUUGUGUCUUUAACAAAUCCAAAAAAGAACAAACUGUUAACAUAUGUUGAA